AUGAGUAACGACGAAGUGAAAUUUAUCGAAGAGGAAUACAAGCAGUUUUACGAUAAAUUUUCCUACAUAAAUGAAAACACAUUUUGCGUAGAAAUAAAUAUGAGUGAGGAAAAUGAGGAGGAGUCCAAAGAUAUGGCCACCCAGAAAAUGUUAAAACUGGUCAUCCAAUUUGACGGUCACCAUUUCGAAGUGUUAAAUGAGCAAACACAUCGGGGAACUGGCACCAAAAAAACACAGUUUGAAAGCAUUGAACAAAUUUUCGAUACCUUUUGUCCACAGUCCUUUAAGAAGUUCGUCAGCCAAGGCAUCACAAGGAGGUUGAAUUCCGACUUCGUGAAGGUCGACCUCGUACACAACCUGUACAAGAACAAAAAAUGGAGAGAAAUAAAACUGAACAAAUUCGAAAGCAUAGAAAAUGUGAAGAAGAAAAUAUACACACACACGGGUACCCCCCACAACCAUAUGGACCUCUAUGCAUAUGACGAGCUAAACGUAGAGAGCAGCCAAGUGCACCUAAGGAACGAUCACAUGUGCCUUAACGAUUACCAGGUGAGGGACAACUACACCAUCUACGUACAGGACAAAAAGAAUGCCAUCCCCAACGAUAUCAUUUAUCAAAUGGAUGAUGAUGAGAAAUUAAACCAAUUGAGACAUUUGAAAUAUGAGAUGAAGGAGGAGGACUAUGAGAAGCGCCAGGACACGUUUAGGAAUUUUAUAAAAAAGUUCAGGGCGCGUGGGGAGGCGGCUCCAAGUGGGGAAGGCCACCCAAAUAGGGAAGAUCCACCCAAAUGGGGAGAUCCACCCAAAUGGGGAAGACCCCCUCCACAACCCCCCCUACGAUGAGCAAACCUACCAAAUUGGAAACCGCUGCAGAAUCAAAAUAGGCGACCGCAGAGGCGUUUUAAAAUUUGUGGGGAAAUUAAAAAAGGGAAACGAAAUUUCCGUUGGCGUCGAUUUAGACGAACCUUUGGGGAACUCCGACGGGACGUACCAAAAGAAGUUUCUCUUCGAAUGUAAGGGCAGCAAAUAUGGGUACCUUGGAAAUAUUAACUCCAUCGAGGUGGGAGACUUCCCCCCUUUCGACAUCAUGGCUUUGGACGAAUUUUAACCCACUACGGAAGGCUUUGAAUAAAAGCCUUUUGGUUGGCCCACAGGCAGCGUGCAAGCAUUUUACAUGCUGCUCCAUGCGGCGAACCGUGAUAUCGCAACGAAUUGCCAACCUGAUACGUAAACUGCACACGCAUCGUCGGUGGCUACUCUCCCCGCUUCGUUCUCAUAUGUUCGCAGUUUUUACCUCCAACAUAUGACCCGUUAAGCGCCCUUUUUUUUACAUCUCAUCCCUUUGGGCCCCACUCGAAAGGGGAGACAAAACGGAUUUACUCUUUACAGCGGAUUGGGCAAACUGCCCAUUGGGUUAUUUUGGGCUGGCCGUCCACGUCCCCCCAACAUUUUAACUGUAUAAAUACGC